AUGAAUUCUCCAGGGAUGAUGUUACCUUCUCCUCCAUCAGGAGAGAGAGGAGUGAGACGUCCCAAGUGUGCAAGAUGUAGGAACCAUGGCGUAAUCUCCUGGCUGAAAGGACACAAACGACACUGUCGAUUCCGAGAAUGUACGUGUGCUAAAUGCAAUCUUAUAGCAGAGAGGCAACGAAUUAUGGCUGCACAAGUAGCUUUGAAGAGGCAACAAGCAGCCGAAGAUGCUAUAGCUAUGGGGUUAAGAGCUGUAGCCACUGGUACUUCAAUCUCGUAUCUUCCUCCGGGACCUAUAUUCGGGAUGGCCAUCACCGAUCCAGAAGAUAGAGACAGCGACAGCGAUAGAGGAUCGUCAGGUGUCCAGUUUCGAAUCGGACAUCCAAUAAAUUCAUAUUUUCAACCUAUUCUUCAUUCAAAAUACGCUCACGUUUGUCCGAUAUUCUUAUGGAAAUGA